AUGGAAACCGUCAAGCCAAGCUCAUCUGGAUGCACGAUUCCAUCGCAAUAUAGUUUUGAUGCGUCUGUCUGCUGGUCUGCAACUUCAGCCGAUUUCUUGCGAGGGGAUGUGAGCGCUGCGGUCCACAUUUCCACAAUGACUGGCUCCGUAUGCAGCGGUGACGAUGCAUCUUCGGAGACGCAGAUUCUACAGGGCAGGACCGCAAUCAUAUGCCACUUAACUCAACAGCAGAGUUUUAAUACCUGGACGUACUGGUCAUUGACGAGUCUCUUGUCUACGUACACAAAUCUCGAACUUGAUCCUGAUUCAUCUACAAAAACCGUUAUUACCACAUACACCCAAACGUACGAAGGGGUGAAUGUACCAUCGAUGCGGGAAAAAUGCUUUCCAGGCCCAAGAGAUUGCGGGUACAAGUACAAAGGCGCAGGUUGCCCAGACGGACACACGCCACUCAGCACAGCUGUCUAUAGUAGCACCUCGACUCUGAUUUGCUGUCCCUUGUAA